AGGAGUUUUGUUAGCCGCUGGAUGUCGCUGCUUGAACAGAUACGUGUGUGAAUGUCAGCCGAGGAAACGCUAAUAAUGGCGGCGACCUGUGCGUGGAAACCAUGUGAAGAAACAGAACAGGAUGCGCUUAUUGUUAAAUUUUCUAAUGGACACGUGAAAAAUGCAGAAAAGCUGGACUUCAGACUCUUCAAACACUCAGAUGGUGUCAAUCCCAGAAAGAAAACCAGACGAAUUGUGGUUGCAGAAUCAGACAGACUUCCCUAUGUUGGGAGCAACUUUGGGUCUGGAUCAUUGCAGUGUAAUAAUCUGUGCAGGUAUUUUGUGGGAGUUCUUGACAAGAAAACUAUGCAAAUGGAAGUUCAUAAUGCUCAGAUGUUCAAUAUGCUGCCUCUAAUACCAGGUGAAACAGCAGUGAAUGAAGACACAAAGCAAGCUGAGACAUACAGAGAAAAGGUGGAUGCUCUCAUUGAAGCAUUUGGGACGAAUAAACAGAAGCGUGCCCUUAGCUCCAGGAGACUCAAUGAGGUGGGCAAUGAAAAUCUUCAGCAGGCUGUGGCAAUGGCUGCCAGCAACGUCAUCAAUCAGAAAGGAGUGGAAGCUCUGCGUAAUGAAGUGGUUGAAACCGAGGCUCAGUCAGAUACAUCCCUCUUCCUCCCUCCAUGCAACACUAAGGCAGACAAAGCAGAAGAUGUGUACCCCUUUGACGAACUGUUGUCUCCAAAUGAGUUUGAUGCUCUGAAGGAUGUUGGAGCAAAGAUGGCAGCGCUGACCCCUGAAGACCUGCAGAAGAUGAAAGCUGAGAACAGUCCACAGACUGUUCUUAGACAUCUUGAAUUACUUCCCAAAGACGACGCAGCUCGUGACAGACAGUCUCGUUGUGUCUGGUACCUGUCCUUCCUUAUCAAAGCCUCGCAACAAAAACGUCUCUCUUUCAAAUUUGGUGUUGAGGAUGGAUGCCCUCGAAUUAUCAUCAACAAAGUGGUGAAGAAUUUCACAGUGGAGAGUUUCCACCAAGGCAGCCUCAGGAACACUGUGUCGACAUCCAUGCGUAUGAAACUGGCUGCUCACUGUUUGGCUUUACUGCUGCACAUGGGUGAUCUGAAAGCUAACCUUACGCUCUUACACAGAGACAUGGGCAUCAGUGAUGUCAGAAUGAUGGAGUUGGCCAAGGCUAUGGGGCUGACCCUGUCCCGUCAGUUAGCACAAAGUAAAGAACAGUCUGGGACACAGGAGGAGCACAGGAUGGCCUCUCUGGUGCUUCCACUGGUGAAGUAUGAUCGCCGUAUGGAACGCAGGAAACGCAAGAGGAUGAACUGAACUGUGGACAAUAGUACAUUUCUAAGCUGGGAACAAGCUUUAACUGCACGUGUCAAAAUAACAGUGUUCUUGUAAGACUGAAUGGAAAAUAAAUAAGAUUAUUCAGCUUACAGAAAUUUGCAUAUACCUGAAAUGAAUAUGAGUGACUGGAAUUACACCUGUGUUGAUUGAGGAUGCUUUUGUAUCACAAACAAGCACAAGAAUUGUUUUUCACAAGGAUUGUGAAAUUUGGAUUGUCAAAAUCUUUUUCUAUGCAGUACAUACACUACCAGUCAAAAGUUUUUGAACAGUAAGAUUUUCAAUGUUUUUAAGAAGUCUCUUUUACUCACCAAGCUUGCAUUUAUUUGAUCCAAAAUACAGCAAAGUAAAAUUUCAAAAUAUUUGUACUAUUUAAAUGAACUGCUUUGAAUUUAAAUAAUUUAUUCCUGUGAUCAAAUCUAUAUUUUCAGCAUCAUUACUCCAGUCUUCAAAGUCACAUGAUCCUUCAAAAAUCAUUCUCAUAUGCUGAUUUGCUGUUCAAGAAUUUUUGUUUAUUAUUAUUAUCCAUAUUUAAAACAGUUCAGUAAAUUUUUUUCAGGAUUCUUUGAUAAAUAGAAAUAUCCAAAGAUCAGCAUUUAUCUGAAAUAUCUUUUGUAACCGUAUACACUAUGCCAUUUAAAAGCUUGCAGUCUCAGCUGUUAUCAAAAUAAUAAUAAUAAAUGUUUUUUGAGCAAAUCAGAAUAUUAGAAUGAUUUAUGAAGGAUUAUGUGACUUGAGUAAAAAAAAAAAAAAAAUCACAUUUUAAAAUGUAUUCAAAUAGAAAAGAGUUAUUUUAAGAGAUUUUAUUUUCCAGGUUUGGUGAGGAGACGUCUUUAAAAAACAAAAAAAAAUCUUACCGUUCAAAAACUUGACUGGUAGUGUAAUGAGACAAAACAAAUGCAGAAAUCAGUCAAUUUGCUAUGAUAGCUAUGUUUAUACUGCACAAUAAGUAUAAAAACCAUACUGUAAAAAUAGGCACAUUUUAGUAGAUACAUAUUGCACUUUACAAAUCAAACCAGCAGUUGGUAUGAGAACAUUACAAAAAUAAUAACAGCCUGCUGUAAAUCUAACAUAAGAUUGGCUACCUUUUGAUAAAUAAGGUCUAGUGUUCUGGGAGGAAAUCGCAUUA